AUGUUAAAUAUGACCGGGGAUAAUAAAGAAAGUAACACUGAAGCUAAUAGUGAUAUAGCGUUUAAUAAUAUUCCACCAUAUGAACCUGUUGAUCCAUUAGAAGCUAUACAAGAAGCAUCUCAACAAUCUACAAAUGCAUUCUUUGAACCUAAACGUGAAAUAACUAAAAUUUUUGAUGUUGGUAAAUGGCAUCAUUCAAAGGCAUAUAAAGAUUUUAUGGACCAAUUAAAGCGCUUGAAUAACUCUGUUAAGCGUAUCCCUACAGAUUGUGAUGAUAUUACUAUAUCACCAAAUGUUCAACGUGUCAUUGAUAUACUUUUUAAACUUGAGGAUUGGAUGAAUGAAUUUCCUCCCGAGCAUAUGGAAUUACAACGCUUUGGAAAUAAAGCAUUCAGAAAAUGGCAUGAAAAAUUACAAAAUGAUAUUGGGAUGAUUUUCUCAGAAAUUUUACCAGAAUCUCUUCAUCCAGCAAUAAUUGAAUUGAAAGCUUAUUUUUUGGACUCAUUUGGUAACUCAACUAGAAUUGAUUAUGGAACAGGUCAUGAAGCAGCUUUCUUGGUAUUUAUUUUAUGCCUUUAUAAACUUGGAUAUUUCCUUAAAGAUAUCGAUGAUAAAGCUGUUGCCUUAAGACUUUUCCGUCAAUAUAUCUCAUUAACUAGACAACUUCAAGUUAUAUAUCGUAUGGAACCUGCCGGAAGUAAAGGUGUUCAUGCCCUUGAUGAUUUCUGUUUUGUUCCAUUUAUUUUUGGUAGCGCUCAAUUACUUGAUAACAAUUUAGGACUGGUACCUGAUUCAUAUAUAAGAGAUGACUUACCUCCAAGAUACGCUGACCAUGAUUUAUUCUUUGAGGCAAUUGAAUAUAUUAAUACAACUAAGAGUGGACCUUUUUUUGAGCAUUCAAAUCAAUUAUGGAAUAUUUCAGCUGUCCAAACAUGGGAAAAAGUAAAUUCUGGACUAUUUAAAAUGUAUGAAGCUGAGGUAUUAAAAAAGUUUCCUGUAUGCCAACAUUUUCUUUUUGGAAGUCUUUUUUCAAUUGAUCAAAGAAAUGAUGCUGAGAGUCCUUUUAAAUUCACAAAUGCCAAACCACCUCAAAUUUAA